AUGCCCUUUUAUGUUGAUGUAUUUUUGGGAAAAGAAUUAGAAUCGAGAGAUAUUUUGAUAAAAAAUAUUUUAAAUAAAAGUUUCAUUUCAAAAUUAAGUAAAAAGUUUAGUUGGAAAGGAAAAAAAGGAAAUGAGAAAAUUUUACAAAUUGAAAAAAUUGGAAGUUUUUACUCGAUAAAACAUGAAAUAAUUUACGAAAAAAUAAAUAUAAAAUCAGCUGAAGAAUUAUUUAAAUAUAAUGAUUGGCUUUUAUCUGGAGGAACAUGGCCAUCCAAAAUGACAAAUUUGGCAAUAUCAAUUGACAAAAAAUGUGAAAAUAUUGGAGAAAUCAAAGGAAAUGGAGAAAAUGCUUUGUGUGUUAUUGUUAGACUUUUUGCCUUUUGUUUGGCUAUUGAUAACCAAUUUAGAAGUAAUGAAGGGAAAUUAUUGAAAUAUUUUAGAAAUAUGGAUGUUUUGUAUGUUGAAUGGAUUAGAGAAUCGACAAAUUCAAUUUUAAAUUAUUUUAAUUUAAAAGAAACUGAAAAAGUAAUUGAAACUUUAAUUGAAGAAUAUAAUCAAUUUUUUGAAAUUGUUGAAAAGAAUCCUUAUAUAAAUUCAAAUGCCAAAUCAGAAAACGAGGCUAACGAAAAAGAAGAAAACACCAAAACAAAAGAAGGUAAUGAAGUUAACAUUUUUAAUGAAAAUGGAGAGAUUAAUUGGGGAAAUGAAGAUUUUUUGAUGAAUUUAGAUUAUUAA